CCAAUUAAAGUCUUUCUAGUCACGUUCCUGAUUUAAGCUUUCCUUUUUAUUUCAAACCUGGGAAACAAAUGACAUCAAAGUAUUCAGCAUUACCUGAUAUUGAUGAUCAACCUGAUGUAUACGAAACACCAGAUGCCACUGAAGACAAUCCAGUCAAUUCAUUUGAAAAUGAAGAAUGAUGAAGAUGAAGAUGUAGAUAAAUCUCGUGUAUCUAUUAAGGAGGCUGCAAAUAGAUUCAAACACAGUAUUGUCGAUGCCACAGAUACAGACUUUUCUGAUCGUUUGACUCGAAGAAAGAAGGCCAUGUAUCGUACCUUUGUUCGACGUCCGCCUGCUAUGGAAACAAGUGAAUAUGAAAUGCUGCCUAAAGAUAUGACAUUAGAAGAGACGCCAUUGCAAAAGCUACGUCGUCUUAUGUAUGAGGUUCAGGAAUUGAAUGAAGAGAUUGAAAAGGCCAAAGAACCUGUAGACACAAAGGAACCCAUUUCCCAAUCAGAUAUCCUUUCUCAAAUAGCCUAUCUUCAAAAUGAUUUAGUCCGAUUGAGCCAAAAUGUGAAUGACGCAGAUGAAGAUCAGCCAAAUUAUACCAAAUCAAUAGAUGAGGCCAAAUCGUUGAUUAAACAGCUCGAAGCUUACAAGAACAUGCCAACGAGUUCUGCACCAUCACCCGAUUCAGACACCGCAGUGGUUCCUAAGGGUAAAGCUGAUAUGGUAACAUAUGAACUUUAUUAUACCCCUGAAGUAUCAAAGAUGACAAAAGAGAACAAGUUAUCUGAUAUUGAUGAACGUAUCGCCAGAAUAGAAAAACUUAUCGGUUCAAGCGCUGGUCAAACUCUAGAAGACUUGCCUGCUAGCUUAAGUUCUUCAUCACUAGUCAGUUCUUUAGCAAAGUUAGAACAGCAGGUUGUUUUGCUGGCUCAACCCAGGCAACUUGAGAUGGUAGCCAGAAGAGUCAAGGUUUUGAAUAGUGAUCUAGAUAGAUUGAAUGAAAUCAAAGCCAGUCGCAAAGAUAUAUCCAAUACCCUUGGAUUUAGUUUUUCCACUGUAAAUAAUCCAGCUAAUGUAUCAGCAAAUGAUAUCAAGGAUAACUUGAAUGAUACAGAAACAAAGAUCAACCAAUUAUUUACUACGAUGGAGAAAAUAGAUCCACUUUUGAACCUUACACCUGCUUUAUUGACUCGUCUUAAAGCGCUACAGACUUUACAUGCUGACGCUACCACGUUUGGACAGUCUAUCAAGGUGAUUUCUGAAGAACAAACGAGGAUGACGGAUGAACUGAAGAGUUUGACUACUACUUGUGAACUGCUGACCCAGAGUUUGAAAGUCAAUGAGGAAGCAGUUGACAAUAACAUCAAGAUUAUGGAUGAAAGAAUGACAGCCUUGAUCCAACGUAUAAGCGCAUUGAGCCCAAGCUCAUCUUGAGCACAGCCAUUCCAAAUACGAUGAAUAAACCUUUACUUUUUUUUUUAUUAAGA